GCUCCAGCAUCAUUCCGCGGCGAGGACGUACAGAGCGGCCGCGCACCGGGUCCGAGAAAAAGCCGGAUGACGUCACAUCACACGCCACGUUCGUAUCGCGGAACAGCGAGUCUUUGGAUCUUGAACACGGAGAAGCAACAACAGGAAGGACAUAAGGCAUCGUUUUCACAAGGCGUGGACUGCUGAGCAGCCAUGACAGCCAACACCUCUGACCUGACCUGGGAUGAGUCUUCAGGCGCGGACGCCUUCUUGGCGGCGGACUCGUCGGUGACGUCGCCUCCGCGGGGGGCCCCGCCCCUGACGGCGUGGGGCGUGGCCCUGUGCGCGUCGGGCACCUUCAUCGCCGCCGAGAACGCGGUGGUGGUCACCACCAUCCUGGCCACGCCGUCGCUGCGGGCGCCCGUCUUCCUGCUGCUGGCCAGCCUGGGCCUGGCCGACCUGCUGGCGGGCGUGGCCCUGGUGGCGCGCUUCCUCUUCCUCUUCUGCCUGGAGCCCGGGGACUGGUCCGAGCUGGUGACGUCGGGGCUGCUGGUGACCUCCCUGACCGCCUCGCUGUGCAGCUUGAUGGGCGUGGCCCUGGACCGCUACCUGUCGUUAAGCCAGGCCCUCACCUACGGCUCGGGACAGUCGCGCCGCCGCGCCGCCAUCCUGCUCCUGCUGCUGGUGUGGCUGGGGGCGUGCAUCCUGGGGGCGGGCCCCGCCAUGGGCUGGCACUGCCUGGACCAGCCUGACUCCUGCUCGGUGGCGCCGCCUCUGACUCGCACGUACCUGUCGCUGCUGUGCGGCGGCUUCCUGGUGGUGGUGCUGGCCACUUUGCAGCUGUACGCCGGCAUCUGCCGGGUGGCCCGGCGCCACGCGCACGCCAUCGCCACCCAGAGGCACUUCCUGCCCGCCGACCAACCGUAUGCAAGCAAGCGCGGCGGGGGGCGGGGCUUCUCCCGGCUGGUGGUGGUGCUGAGCGUCUUCGUGGGCUGCUGGAUGCCUUUCUCCCUGUGGGGGCUCCUGGGCGACGCCUCCAGCCCGCCCCUCUACACCUACGCCACGCUGGUGCCCGCCGCGGGGAGCUCCUUGCUCAACCCGCUCCUUUACAGCCUGAGGAACAAAGACAUCCGCAUGGUGCUGCUCCACGCCUGCUGCCCGCGCAGGCAGCACACGCACGCCGCGAACAUGCACCCCCCGGUGGACGUGUAGCAAUUUAUGCCAAAACGUAGCGCACGUUCUUCAAUACUCCCCCUCCUCCUCCUCCCUUAUCAGCAGAACGUUCUGGACUGUCCUGGCCGGCGGCCACCUUGGACUAUCAUGUUUGUGCCUGGCGUCAAUCAGCCCGCCGUCGCUCCAGCAGACGCUCGUUAAAGAGGCGAUUUACGUGACACGGUCCGGAUCCAAUGAGGCGUACUUGAAACGUUACUAUUUUGCACAUGCUCGGACGUAUGUUCGCGUUGCACAACCUUUUUUCAGAUGACUAUAAAUAUUUUAUACUGAUGAAUAAUAAAUGUGCUCGUUUUUUUUUUCCUACUGAAAGAUGUCAGCGUUCUUCCUUCCGAUGCUCGCAGAGGCUUUUAGCGAGCUCGUCGUCAGGAGGGUUCUAAGGCUCCAGAAAGGAGAGAAAAAAAAAAAAAGCAAGAGUUAGCGCUAACAUGCUUUCUCACAGUUGCGUAAGAGUUUCAGAAAGUAUUUUUGGGGGUGACUUGCAUCACACAUAAAUGCAUUAAAAAGGCAGGAACAGGAAAAACAAGCCAGGCGGAACAUAAGUAGCUUUUAACACAUCAUAAUGGGACUCUCUGACCCAGGGGUCACCAACCUUUUACUUUUCUGGGUAUUGAUUAAUGCAAAGGGCUACCAGUUUGAUACACACUUAAAUAAAUUGCCAGAAAUAGCCAAUUUGCUCAAUUUACCUUUAAUAAAUAAAUCUACAUAUAUAAAAAAAUGGAUAUUUCUGUCUGUCAUUCCGUCGUACAUUUUUUUUCCUUUUACGGAAGGUUUUUUGUAGAGAAUAAAUUAUGAAAAAAACACUUAAUUGAACGUGUUAAAAGAGGAGAAAACACGAAAAAAAAAUUUUGAAACAUAGUUUAUCUUCAAUUUCGACUCUUUAAAAUUCAAAAUUCAACCGAAAAAAAAAGAGAAAAAAUAGCUAAUUUGAAUCUUUUUGAAAAAAUUUAAAAAAUAAUUUAUGAAACAUCAUUAGUAGUUUUUCCUGAUUAAAAUUAAUUUUAGAAACUUGAUGACAUGUUUUAAAUAGGUUAAAAUCCAAUCUGCAAUUCGUUAGAAUAUAUAAGAAAUCGGACCAAGCUAUAUUUCUAACAAAGACAAAUCAUGAUUUCUUCUAGAUUUUCCAAAACAAAAAUUAUAAAAUAAAUUCAACAGACUUUGAAAUAAGAUUUAAAUUUGAUUCUACAGAUUUUCUAUUUUUGCCAGAAUAAUAGUUUUGAAUGUUAAUCAUAAGUUGAAGAAAUAUUUCACAAAUAUUCUUCAUAGAAAAAACAGAAGCUAAAAUGUAGAAUUAAAUUAAAAUUUAUUUAUUAUUCUUUACAGUAAAAAAAAAAAUACUUGAACAUUGAUUUAAAUUGUCAGGAAAGAAGAGGAAGGAAUUUAAAAGGUAAAAAGGUAUAUGUGUUUAAAAAUUCUAAAAUGAUUUUUUAAGGUUGUAUUUUUUCUUUAAAAUUGUCUUUCUGAAAGUUAUA